AUGCCCUUAAAUCAAAGCAAUCCAGAGAGAACCCCACCACAACCAACCGAUUGUUUUCUCCAUCUCGAUUCCUUCAACGGCAGUCGUGAGACGGUCUUAAGCGACCCACCAGAAUGGCAUAAUGACUCAAGCCUCAACGCGACCACCAACAACAAUCCCGCAGAUGAUAAUCUCUCCUUCUCCCGAGAAGAAUCUGAUUUAUUGGAUACAGAGAAGCUACACUUGCACACUCGGCAUCAGGUUGACCCUCCUGGACCUAUCACAGCGCACAGCAGUCGCUCUGAUGACUACCGCAGCGUCAUCGACGACCUAACGCUCGAGAUUCAACAACUAAAGAAGGAGCUCAAGCGCUAUAAGCAACCAGGUCCGGCCCUGCUCCAUAAAGACAAGCUGUUUGAGAUCAAGGUUUAUGGGCUGCCCCAAAAGAAAAAGAGAGAGCUCGAAACCAUACUGAGAGACCUUGCCGCGGAUCACGAUGGGUCUCCAAAGGGGUCAUCAUCGCAAAAAAGGAAAAGCCUCCGGCCGGCUGACUCCGCCUACGCCUCCAUAUCAGCCGGUGGCGAGUCUUCGAGAACGCCGUUUUACCUCCCCAUCCUGCCUUCAACCAAAUCAUCAAAGGGCAAGGUCGAGGAUUAUCUACGAGAUGUUCCUGACGGGCUAUACCCGCAGCAUGUAAUCAUGACAGACAAGGAGCGAAAGAGUCUUGUUGUUCGUCGCCUUGAACAGUUCUUCACAGGCAGAAGUAACAGUGCCGAUGUCUUAAAAUUGUCGCCUCUGCGCCCGGGUGGCAGCUUCAUCAUGGCACGCGUUGUAGCGGAUACACAGUGCCAUUUAAGUGACCAUGGAUCGGCCUCUAAUCCCGAAAAGGACACCAUAGAGGCAGAAGGCAAUGGUAAAGGCUUGGUCUCGUCUACCAAGCCGUUUCCCCCAUUCCAGCUUCUUCCAAAACAGCAAGCAACGCGACCUUGUGAUCUGGACCCUGAUCGUGCUCAGAUUCCGUCUGAGAAUAUGAACUAUAUCCGACAUUUGAACCUACUGUCUCCCGACAUACUGCCUGGACAGCAGAGUAUCCAGGACAUCCACCUAGACCCUGAAGGCUGGGUGUCUCUGAACCUGCUACACAAUUUGGCCCAGCUCCACUUGAUCAACGUGACUCCUGACUUCGUUCGCUCCGCUGUACUAGAAAUCAGCACCAAGUUUCAACUAUCUACUGACGGACAUAAAAUCCGAUGGCGAGGCGGAUCUAAGGAUACCAAGUACAGUAGCCACAUCGCUAUCCACGAUUCGCCAAAAAGUCCUCCGGUCAAUAAUAUCGAUGGUUCGGAAAAGACAUGUGAGCAUCAGAACACAAGCCCGUUCAUUAACAAUGAAUCCCAAUUCGGAGGCUUAAAUAAGAAUGUGUCUGCAUUUGACCCGCGAUUUUACGCUCGAGUUGAAAGUUUUCGUUACAAGCCACUGUUUGUUCGGGAGGGAUCAUCAGAUGCGAACACUUCACAGGAUGCGUCGGUUUACUCGCCUAUAGCUGUGGACGACGAUAAUCCUGGCGAGUCGGACUUAGGCUUGAAUUACCCUGGAGGGUCGGCUGGCAAAUUGCAACGCCGCGAAGGUGCUAUGACAUACUACAGCGAUGUACCUUUCUGCACUGAUUUAUCGGGUGAUCCAGUUGAUGUUUCACCAACCAUUCGCACGCCCUUGAGUAGCCAAAACCGGAAAGAUUCUCAGCAGUCAUUAGACUCGGUUCAUCCGCAUCGACGAACAACAUCUGGGUCUUCCAUCAGCUAUAGGCCAUUGACAGAUCGAGGCCAGGGUCUACGUCAGCUGACUUCUUCCACGCACGAGGGUGACCAUAGAGACUCGGGUCUGAUAAACAAUGACUGUGAACAAGCCAGCGACAUCGAGCUGGAUUUGAUUUGGAACGACGAUCAGCAGCAAUACGUGUCGCAACAGCAGCCUUUAGAAGCCUGCGGACUUGGCGGCGUUCUCCCCGAUGAUCACUUCAUCGUAGUUGUCGAUACAAAGCGGCCCAAACAAGAUAUCCUCCCACAGGCCUCUAAGCCUCAGAUUAGGAGACCCAAAGAAGGCAUAGAAGAGACGAUUGAUCAAAGGGCGGCGACGUUAACCUCAUAUCCUAUCCCUGGCGGCUCAGAAACAAAGGUAACCGAGCAAUCACCAUUUAUCGAGAUUAAGUAUCUGUCGGGGCAUAUCAAGAGAUUAACGCCAGUCCCACUGCCAGCACCUGUUAUGUUCUUUCCGCCGGUUAGCGUUGAUAAUUCCACGUCUGGCGAAUAUAACGAGCUGUCUAUAGAUAGAGAUAACACCGGAUCGUCAGAAGAGGAUAUGAGCUAA